CAUUAAUCAACACAUAAUUAUAUGUUGAACAUGGAGAGUCUCAAAAUCUUAUUAUGUUGUAUGUUGUUUUUGAUGGUUAUUGGGCACGUGAGUUCAGACUUUGCGCAAGACAAACAGAGAUGCCAAAACCAGGUGAUUGGUCUGGCGCCUUGUCUGGGUUUUGCGAGCGGUGAGGCCAAGUUUCCGACGCUGGCUUGCUGCGAUGAGAUCAGGAAGGACCUGAAGGAAACGAGGUUGUGCCUUUGCGUGCUUGUGAAGGACCGAAACGAACCGGGGCUUGGCGUGAAGAUCAAUGGCACACUGGCCCUCAGUCUGCCUUCCCUUUGCCGUGCUCCUAUUAAUGUCUCCCAAUGCCUUACACUUCUGCACUUGUCCCCAAACUCGUCAGAUGCUAAGAUUUUUGAAGAAUUCUCCAGCACCUCAGUAAGUGGCAAUAACACAAGCAUAGGAGAUCUCAAUGCAAGUUCAAGCACAUCAUUGUUCAGAAAGAGAUGGAUUGAUCUGUUGCAGGCGCGUGUCGGGUUUUCGCUUUUGCUUCUGAUAAUCGCCUUGAUCAGCAUUCUAUAAGAAAAAAAAAAAGGCUUGUACGACUUGAAUAAUAAGUUACGGGAAUGUUUAUGUUUACUUGAAUUCUCCAGUUUUUCAUUUCUCGGAUUAUCUAUAUAUAAAUGCAUAAAUACUUUCUUGUUCAAAAAA